AUGGGAUCGCGAAAGCGCACCCACUCCGAGGUCGCCCCGGUGGCCGAGCAACAGGUGCCAGAAGAGCCUGGGUUGCUCUCACAGCUCAGGAGUAACUGGGCAUUUGCAAGCCUCAUGCAAUACAUUGCCAUCUUUGGCCAGGUCAUGAAGAUUGACGAAGAGUUUGGGAUUGAGGACCUAGAAGUCGAGUGCCUCAAACCCGAGCCCUCUCAUAAACUACUAGAGAUUGGAUUGUGUCUCCUCAAGUGGAUUUCGUCGCAUCGCGGUCUUACAUUCGACAAUUUCGAUGAGUACACCCGACGGCAGUAUAAUGCGAAAGCACCCAAUAAAACCAAUCCCUUCGGCUACGAUGAAGAACCCAACAAGUUCUUGUAUUUCGAUGUUUUCACCAAGAUCCGUGUCCUCCACCAGCUGACGGUAUGGACAUUCUGGAACGCGGACCGCAUUCGUGACAAGAUGCCCGAAAAGAAGGAAACCGAGCAGACAGAAUGGCGUAUUGAAGAGUUUGGCUGGGACCGCGAGGGGCGUUCAUACUACGUGCUGGACGACAACCGUCUUUACCGUCGCACCGACCCUCCCCCCCCUCCCCCUCCUCAGCGUCCCAAGAAGAAGCCAAAGAGCCGGUCUUCUCGAGCAUCAAGAACGUCAAAACGUACCUCUACAGCAGCGGCGGAAGAGGUUUCCGACGAGGAGAGCAAGGAUACCAACGAUGCAAGUGCCGUCGCAGCCUUUGCUGAAGAUCCUUUCAAGUGGGAGUGUGUGGCUGUCACACUCGGGGAAUACCAGGCUUUCUUGGAAACACUCCAAAAAACCAAGGACGCGGACGAGAAAUACCUACGCGAUAGCAUUGUUGAGCAUGUCCUGCCCAUCCUCGAGAAGGCGGAGGAAGCGCAGCAGCGCAAGCGUCAGAAGCGUGAAAAGGAGCUUCUGAAUCUGCAGCUUGUCGCAGGUGCUAAGAGGUCCAGUCGACUUGCCGCCAAGGAGGAAAAGGAACGACAGGAGCGAGAAGCUGCUGAAGCCGCCCAAAAACGUGAACACGACCUGGCCGAGGCGCGUAAAGAGCAGGCGAGGCAACAUCAGCUUGAAGAAGAUCGGCAGUCGCGUACAAUGACUCGCGAGCAGCGCAUCAGAGACCGUGAACAAAAGCGGCUGCUACAUGAGGCGGAGCUGGAAAGGAUCGCGGAAGAACAAGAAAGAAUCAGUAGGGGUGAAAGCAGGGUGUCUGCCCGAAACCUCCAGGCUGACCUGGAGAAGUCCCAGAAGAGCCUGGCAGGGCUUACCCAAGAUGACCAGUGGAUCUUUGACUGCUCUGGCUGUGGAGUGUAUGGCGAGAACUUGGAUGACGGAAGUCAUAGUGUUGCCUGCGAAAAAUGCAAUGUUUGGCAGCAUAGCAAGUGCCUCGGUAUCUCACAGGAAGCGGCCGAAAAGGAAGACUUUCACUUUGUCUGCCGAGACUGCAAGCAAAAAGAAGAAGAUGCCAGCAAGCCCAAACUUCCACCUCUCAAAUUCCGGGUGAGCGCCUCAGCAUCCCCUUCAGCAGCUCCUCCAGCCAGUAAGAAGCACAAGUUAGAGGAUGACGAAGACCAUGCUCCGCCCUCGCCUGUGAAGAGAUCCCACCUGGCUCUAUCCAAUAUUCAAAACGAAUCCUCAGGAAUACAACCUACUCUACACUCGUCCACUGUUGGUCAUGACAACUUGUAUCCUCCUCCCUCGCCCCAGCGCCGGUACGGAGCAACACCCGCGGCCAUCCUCGUCUCAGCACUCCUUGCCGCCUAUGCAACCAGCUCCUCACCUUCCCCCAUUGGAUCGUUCCCUGUGCGGCCCUCCUCCUCCCACUCUACCCAAAGUCCUGUCCAAAACCAGCCGUCUAUGUCACCUACACAGGGCAACCCUGAUGUUGGCCCUAUUGCGGGGUUCCCGUCUGUUGUUCCAAGCCAUGCACCCUCUCCGUGGAGUUCAUUCGAAACCCCGCGUCCGCAGUCAGGUCAUGCAGCCACGCCGUCGAUGUCUAACAACUACCCGUCUUUCUCUGCCUCAACGCCCAAUGGCAACCACUCUUCGCCUCCUCAGAGUUCUCACGGCAUGGCUAUGUCGGGGAUUAGCCCAACUAAGCAGUCACCUCGUCCGCUUACUGGUAGUGGCAUGGCAGGUGCCCCAGUCCUGCCGCCCAUCCGCAGACUGGAGCCGAGCCCGAAGCUCAUGGGCCGUAGCUCUCCAGAUGCUCCGAUCCCCCCGCCUGUCAAGUGCAUGACUCCUGAGCAAGAGGAACGCCGACAGAGAGAGAAUGCUUCAAUGCUACACCAAGCCCACCACUUCCAGAGCAAUGGCCAGCAUCUGAUGUCGUCGCCAUCGCUGAAUCGCAUUCCUCCCUUGGCCUCUGGGACCACAUCUCAGUACCCUGAUCCUGUUCCUUCGCCUCAGCGCGAAAGCAAUGGCCAAAGCCAAUGA